AUGCAGUCGGAUGAUGACCAAGCCAGCCUAAUUUGGCAGCUCUUUAUAGGGAACAUUGAUAUCAUUCCUGCAUCCAAAUCCAUUGUUGUUCAUUACGAUAUUCAAGUCGAUGUUUUAGAUUCAGAUUGCAAUACUUUAUUCUCCGAUUCAAAGCCUAGCGAAAUUAAAAUAUCAUUUCCUGACAUAACACCACUAUCUAAUCCCGAAGAGAUUGCCGAUAUAGCCAUAUCAAAAUGCGAAGCUCUUCAAUCAUGUAAAAGAUCCGUUGUUGUUCAAGCAAUAUCAGAUUUAGCGGCUGGCACAGCGACAUCAUUACCUGCAAAUCCAACAAGGAGUCCUUCUAUUGAGCAAGGUCUCUCCAAACUAGCUUCUACAGCUCCAGCAGGAGCAGUUUGUAGUGAAUCAAUGCCAGUCAUGAAGCCUUCGUCCUCGAAAGAUGAUGUAGACUCAUUAUUACACAACGCUCUCCAGAAAAUCCACUGGGGUGACAAUAACGAGUGCUUGCAAACUCUUUCAUCUCUCGCGGAGAUCUCUCUUACAGACAAAAACCUUGCACUGAUAAUCAGACACGAGCCUCUUAUGAGCGCUCUAUGCAACAAUCUCAAGAAAUUCGCUACUUCUUCGCUUCCAAGUUGUAUUAAAAUUAUGACUAUCUUCGAGAGAAUCUCGUACUACCCAGAUUACCAGUCGGCGUUAGCCAGAUUCAAGAUCGGAGCUAUGUCGUUGAGUCUAUUGCACGUACAAUUGCAUGUAACUCAAAUUGCAGCAUCUAAAUUCACAAAGGAGGAUCUAAAUGCAUAUAUCAAAUCACAGAAUCAUUUAAUUCGUCUUACAGUAUCGUUACUUUAUAAUAUUAGCGAGGACAUAUCAUCAAUGAGAAAAAUGAUGAAUAAAGAUAUCAUUUCUCCAUUAAUCACGGUCCUCAAGAGAAGAGACUUAGAAAUACUACUACUUUCUCUGAGAUUAUUACGUAGAAUCUCACUAAUUCCUGUAAAUUGGGGAGAUGUCCCAUUUGAUGAGAUUGUUCCGGCCAUUUGCCAAGAUAUAUUUAGAUGGACACCAGACCAGUCAAACAAGCGAGCUAAAAUUGUAACAGUUUUGAAGGAAGGCUUAGAAUUAAUGUAUACCUUCAGUUUUCAUAGGGAAGUACUUCCUAAUUUCCAGAAAAACAAUGUUUUCGAGUACAUAGGAAAGCUCUGUGAUAUCAUGGAGCUCAGACAAUCCUUAAUUAAGUUCCUUUACCAAGCAUCAUUAAAUUCUCCCACUUUUGAGAGCUUCCAAGUCCAGAAAAUCGUUGAUCUAUUAAUCCAUGCUGCAACCAGCAACAACCAAGACCAUGUUAUCGCUCUAGUUAUCCUUAUGCGAUUAUCAACCGACAUAAAAUGCUCCCAAAUGAUAGCCCAGAGCCCGAUCUUCACUCCACAGAAUGUUCGCCAGAUGUUCGUUGAUUCCGCGAACCAUACAAGUGGAGACAGCGCCAUUUUACUGCAUCUGAUUCGAAAUAUCGCCGACAAUCAGCCAAAACUGGUCACAGGCUUCGACGAUGCCAUUGUAGAUGCAUGUAUUGCCAACAAGGAUAACCUGGAAGCACUCUGCGACAUUUUUGCCGUAUCAUCAAGAGCAAAAAUGGAUUCAACACGUGCAAAAUUUUUCGUAAGCAAACAACCUUUUGUACAACUCGUUGUUAGCAUUUUAAGCAGUCGGAAUUCACUUCCACAGCUUCAACUCGAGUGUGUUAUGUUUGUUUCCAGUGUUGUUUUGUUCUCCAAACCAGCACAAGAACUUGAAGAACAAGGAAUUGUUAAACACGUUGUUGGCGUUUUCAUGCAGUAUAAUGAUGACUUGGAUAUACAGACACAGUGUUUAUUCUGUUUCUAUAGAUUUGUUUGCCACACUGAAACAAGGAAAGCAUUGAUUUCACAUAACGAAAUCAUUAACGCUGUUAUUAAACACAGCGGAAGUAAGAAUUCAGUUUUAUCUCAAAUGGCGAAUUCAGUUCUUGACGCAUUAGUUACAUUCGAUCGAGGAUGGGCUGAAAAGAUAAGGAAGCCAAGGUUUGAGGCUUUCAAUUGGGAAUGGAUAUCUAUAAUAGAUAAGCAAGGAACAAAGCAAUAA